AUGGCUGUCGUUCGUGUUAGUUGUGUGCUGGCUCUUCUGCUGAUCGCUGGUCAAGGUCAGGCGGCGCCCGUCAAGGCCGAGGGCCGUACCCUUGGCCUGCUGGGAGGUGGAUUCGGUGGCAGUGUUGGCCUAAGCGCGGGAAUUGGAGUGGGCGGCGGACUGUAUAGCGGCUUUGGAGGAGGUGGCUAUCCCGGAGGCUAUGCCAGUGGCUAUCCGGGCGGAUAUGGUGGCGGCUAUUCCGGUUAUCCUGGCUACGGAGGCGGUGGCUUCGGAGGUGGUUACUAUCCAGGAGGAGGCUACUCCGGCUUCGGGCACAGGCCUCAUCAUCAUGGGGAAUACUACCCCGGCGGCGGCAACUACUACAAUCAGGGUGGAUCGUAUGGCGGCCACUAUAGCCAGUCGCAGUUUUCCAAUGGAUACUACAACGGCGGUGGCUAUGGAGGCGGUGGCUUCUUUGGCUGA